GUUGCAUGUUAUAGAGGUUGAGGUGUGAGCUCUGACAGGAGAAGGGUUAGCAGGCUCAGAGCAGACUGAGUGGUGACUGACUGAUUCACUCUGCUGUCAUUUUCCAUUUUCUGCUUAUUCAGAGUGACAGUAGUGAGUGCAUACAUUGUCAUACUGUCUGCUGUCUAUUGCAGUUCUCUGUUCGGAGGGUAUGGGACUGACUACCACUACAGCCAGUGAGGACUGUUCCAGACUCUCUCUGUCCAGAGGAGCAUGAUGACUACUUUCCCCAAUGAGACAGGCUUCUCCUCCCUCACUCCAUCAUACUCCCUCUCCUCUCCCACACCGUCCAUCACCUCCAACCCUUUCUCUUCCUUCUCCCUCUCCACCUCCUCCUUCUCUCCGUCCAACUGCUCCAGCUCUCCGUUGCUCUCCUCCCCUCCCUAUAACUUCUACGCUGUGCUGCUGGUGCUGCUCAUCUUUUGUGUGGUGUUCGGCAACGUGCUAGUUUGUGUGGCGGUGUCGCGCGAGCGCGCCCUCCAGACGACCACCAACUACCUCAUUGUCUCCCUGGCCGUGUCUGACCUGCUGCUGGCCAUCCUGGUCAUGCCCUGGGGCGUCUACCUGGAGGUGGUAGGGGAGUGGCGCUUCAGUCUCAUCCACUGUGACAUCCUCCUGACCCUGGACGUCAUGAUGUGUACUGCCAGCAUCCUCAACCUCUGUGCCAUCAGCAUCGACAGGUACAUGGCGGUGGCGAUGCCCAUGCUGUAUAACACCAGAUACAGCUCCAGGAGGAGGGUGGCUCUGAUGAUUGCUGUUGUGUGGUUCCUCUCCUUCGCCAUCUCCAGCCCUCUGCUGUUUGGACUCAACAACACAGCCAGUCGGGAGGAGACCAAGUGUGCCUUCGCUGACCCAUCCUUCGUGGUCUACUCAUCCGUGGCCUCCUUCUACGUUCCGUUCGUCGUGACCCUGCUGGUGUACGCCCAGAUCUGUGUUGUGCUGCGGAGGCGGGGCCGACGCACUGUGCCCCGCAGACACGGCCUGCACCCACAGGGAGGAGGCAAGACGGGGGAGGGCCACAAGCACAGGAAGAAUAAGUGUACCCUCCCUGAGGAUGUGAAGCUGUGCACUCUGAUCACGAGGCCCCCCACCACCGCCCCCCAACGCAAGAAAGUGACGUUAGUGAAGGAGGCGGUGGUGCACCCCCUGGAGGAGGUGCCGGUGGGGUGUGGUUUCCUGUCCCAGUUAGACCAGAGCCUCCCCCCGCCUCACCCUUCUCACCGCCCUCCCCCCUCCGGACGAGCCACUAAGAUCUCCCUUUCUAUCUCUGUGGUACCCGCGCCCUUCCCGUCACCAUCGGUGGCACCACGUUCCGCCCUCGUACCCCGCCGUGCCACCUUCGAGGAUGGCAUGAGUGGCCGCGAGCGAUGGAGGGAGCGCAAUGCAGACAGGGAGAAGGGAGCGAUGGAGAAGGAGAGGGUGAAAGGGACUCUGUCGCAACAGAAGGAGAGGAAGGCGACCCAGAUGCUGACUAUUGUGCUAGGUGUGUUCAUCAUCUGCUGGCUGCCCUUCUUCCUGACCCACGUGCUGAAGGCCCACUGUGGCAGCUGCUGUAUCUCCCCCUCCCUGUACAGUGCUGUCACCUGGCUGGGCUACCUCAACAGUGCCGUCAACCCCGUCAUCUACACCACCUUCAACAUUGAGUUCCGCAAGGCCUUCAUCAAGAUCCUAAACUGCUGA